UUUAUUUAUAUAUGGAUAUACGCUUCCAACACGUACCCGCUUCCUAAUAUUUUAAAAAAUCUCGCUUUUGCGCUUCUUUACGCUUCCGCUUCCACGUACCCGCUUCCGUUUCGAUGUAACAUAGGCUUACGUUACUUAUUUCAAAAUAUAUAUAUGUAUGCAUGGAUCGUUCGUCAAAGAAGAUUCGCUCUCCCCAAUUUUGUGCAAAUUAAAAUAUAUUUUUUAAAUAUUGUAGUAAUCUAGCGGCUCUUAUGAUUAUAAAUAAACCUGCUCUAUACGUAUCUGGUCAAUGACCCACAACAACCGACUUGUUAAAAAACUUUACACGGUUUACAAAAAAAUUGUCAUUAAACCAUCUAUACUUCUUGACUAAUAAUUUUUUUGUUUUUUUUACAGUAAAAUGUUAAACAUAUCCAUAUAGAGUGACAAAAAAAUGUGAUUUAAUAGUUUCCCAUAACAUGUGAAUAGAAUUCUAAAUGUGGUGACAUUCCAGUUUUUCCUUUACCACUUGAUCACGAACUUCCGGUCAAUAUAAUUUUUUUGGUUAUAGUAAGAAAUACAAUUUAGAUUUGUUUGCAAUGAUAAGUUUCACAUUUUUUUUUCUCUUAUGACUCAAAUUAAUAGCACUAACAUGAAUUCCACAAUAAUCAAAUUCAUUAAAGCCAGUUCGACAGAAAUCUAAAUUCACAACGUAACCGACCUAACACAACACUAUAGUAGUAAUUUAGUGGCUCCUAUGAUAUAAAUAAACCUCUAGCUACGUACCCGGUCAAUAACCCGACAACAAGCGAUUUGUUACAAAACAUUACACGACUAACAGAAUUUUAAUAUCACCCAACUAUCUAUAUAUAUUUUAUACUAAUAAAAGUAUUUUGAGAAAGAGUAUAAUAACCAAAACUGAGAUUUAUUUACCAUGAGAAGUUUCAGCUUUUCUCUCAUGAUAUAUAUUUUUUUUUGGUCAACUGGAGUUCAUUAGUAAAAUAAAACGCGUUUAAGUGUUACAAUGGUUUGGGCCAGAAUGCAAGUAGGCUUUGGCAUGUAAGUUUACAAGCCCAUUACACUCUUUUUUGAUGAAAGAAAAGCUACAAGAAAUAAAAGAAAAAAGCGAGAUCGUAGAGAUAUCCGAGAGCAUUCCGUAGAGUUCGGUCGGAUGUCGGCCUGAUGAGAGAGCUCCGAUGAGCACUUGAGAGUGACCGUAGCCAGAUAUGGGUGAUGUUGAAAUCGACAGCUUGGAGAAGAGCGUUCCUAAUGGCGAUCGCUUCUGCCAUUACUGCCGAAGAGAUAUGAUCCUGGUAGAUCGAUCCCCGCUUCAGCUCUAGCCCUUCCCUGUCUGUGAAGAUCCAUGCCAUACCCGCUUUGCCCGAUUUUCAGGCGGCGUCAGUGUUACAUCGAUUUCUCCCAUGAUAUAUACACAUAUACAGACUCUUCGACAAAAGGAUAUUUAUAUACAUAUAUAUAUAUAUAUAUUUUUUUUUUUUUUAGUAAGAAGACUCGAAAAUAAUAGCACUAACAUAAAUUCCGCACAAAAAAUCUAAAUCACAACGGAAACGACCUAACACAACAUUAUUGUAGCUCAUGAAAGCUAAUACUAUAUUGUUAAUUCAUGUAUUACAAAGAAAUAAAAAGGUGGGAAUCGAUAAGAAUACAAUUCAUACAACUCAUGGUGAUGGUGAUGGCAUUGUGGGGUAUUUAGUUGUAAAGUUAUGACUCAAAACACGCUUUGGAUUUUUAUAUUUAUUUAUUUUAUGUAUUAAUGAUGGAUCCUCAUGUGCUUCGUAUCCUCCCUCGACUCACCUCCAUUAUUACUUCUUUUAUUUCCUUCUCAUCUUUUUCAUUAUUAUUUGUCAUCUAUUCAUUCCCCACACACGAAUAAGAACUCUGCCUAAAGUCUAAGAAAUUAAAAGAACUAGUAAAAUAGUCUAAAUUUCAUUCGCUAAAUGCAGAUUCUUUAUAUUUCUGAAAGAUGAAUUAAUGCAUAGAGUGAAUAGAUAGAUAUGCAGAUAGCUUUUAAAAGGAAGAAAAGAAGUUCUGAUUAAAUCUAUCUCGCUAGCAUUUUUGACAUAUGUUAUGUCUAGCUUCCUAUUUCCAUUGGAGAUAUGUGAAAACUUCGCAAGUGCCAUCGCACAAUUUGGUGGAGUUCAAACCCACUAAAAAAAGAAUUCAUUUGGCAAAAUGAGAAAAAGUAUGUUUGCGAAGGAAGGAGAGUGAGAUUGGUUUCCGUAUGAUUCAUGAGUUUAACAUGGCUUUAUUAGCAAAACAACUAUGAAGACUACUCCAAUACCCUGAUUAACUAGUUUCCCGAGUCUUAUGGAGAAUAUACUACCAAUGGAGUUUGCCUUUGCGAGUAAACUCUAUAAGCAGCCCAUCCUAUGUGUGGACUAGCAUUUCAGCUGCACGGAAACUACUGCUAUUGUGAAUCAGACAGAAGUUUCAUUCUGGAUAUGAAGUCAAGGUGUGGGAAGACCCGUGGAUUCUUACGACACCAACGAGGCCGGCUAUCCCUUUAGCUCCAAUUUUUUACCUAAACAUGAGAGUUAGUGACCUUAUUGAUCAGGUAACGAAGGAAUGGAAUGUUGGUCUAUUGGAAGAUUAUGUUAGCCCUGCAGAUAUACCACUUAUAAGGAGUUUGACCAUAAGUUCAACUCUUCGCCGCCGUGAUACAUUAUGUUGGUCAUAUACAAAGAAAGGUCAUUACACAGUUAAAUCUGGAUAUUGAAUAGCUCAUAAUUUAUUAAAACCUCAGGAAGAAAAUAAGGUACUGGAGCCAAGUAUUACCAAGCUCCAAACCUUUUCUUGGAAGGUAAAAACACCUAAAAAUAUAUGUCAUUUUAUUUGGCAAUUGAUAACAUGUCAUGUCGCUGUAACGAGGAACUUUGAUGGCGUAAUAUGAUGUGCAAUAAUUAUUGUCCACGAUGUGGAGACCUAGAAGAAUCAGUAACUCAUGCCAUAUUCGAAUGUAUGUCUACUCUACAAGUUUGGUCCAUAUCAGCGACCCCAACAAGUCCAGAUAUCUUUUCGGUAUCGAGUACUUAUGUUGAUAUAGACUAUCUCUUUUGGAGGAAAACAACAUUGUUGAACCUGAAUUAGACAUGGAUCCUUAUCCUUGGAUAAUUUGGUACAUUUGGAAGGCCCGUAAUGACAAGCUCUUUAGGGGGAUAGAUAGAGAUCCAUUGGAGUUAGUUCGUUAUGCAGAGAGUGAAUGUCAAGCCUGGUUUAAUGCAAAUGAGAUGGUGCCACCAAAUGUACAAGAUCACAACAGUGAGGAACCUCAAUUUUUAAACUUGAGCAAUAUUUGCAUGAUAGAUGUGGAUGUGGAUGAGUAUGGAUGGACAGCAUGGAAAGGCUUAACUUAUGGGGGCACGAAACCACUUUCGACGUGAAUCACCGUUGCAUUCAGAAGUAGAAGCACUGCAAUUGGCGAUGGAGAAUAUGCUUCAACAUUCAACAUGCCAGAGCUUUGGGACAGAUUGUAAGGAUCUGAUUGAUAUGAUCAAGGAGCCUCGUGCAUUACCGAGCUUUGCAACAUAAUUAGAAAGGAAUGACACUCUGCAGAUAUGCUUCCCGGACUUCAAGAUCACCUAUGUUUCACAAGCGCAAAAUCAGAUUUCAGACUCUCUAACUAGGUGAUGCACCUCAGAUCAUGGAGCAGUUCGUUGGACAAGUCCAACAUGAAGAUCAGAACAGUCCGAGAUAUUCAACAGAGGUUCAUCCGGACGACCGUACCAAACGCACUGACCGGGCCGUGUACCGGAUCGACCCGCGUACGUCCGGAAUGGAGCUUCGUUUGGAUCCACGUCCAGACGAUCGAUCUGACCGUACUGAAGCUCGGCUACCCCGACCAACUCGUCAAGUUAGGAAGAUCGAUCAAGCCAAACUCUCAUCCGAACGCACCGAUUUCGAAUCAGACCGCAGCUUCUCAUUUCUGACCCGACUGGCUCUUACCGCGGGCACUGCCGAACGUACCGCCGAACGUUCUGAAGAUCCGACUUACCAGUUUGAUCCGAUUCUUCAGUUUGAUCAUCUGAGCUUCUCAAGGGGAAGGAUACUUAAGCUCUCUGAAGAUAUUGGACACAUUUGGAACACAUCAGUUCAUGAGUUUCCUUCAUCCGAUCAUGCAGACCGUCCGGACCAUGUACUGCUCCUUACCGCGGGACAUGCAUCCAGAUUCAUCGAAUCUGGACAAGAGUAGGCAAAGGGUUCACUUUGGCCAGUCAACAUAAUUUUCUGUGUAUUGACCAGAUCUGGUCUUUGUUAUAUUUUCUAUGUCUUAUUUUCACACAAAAUGAUUUAUUUCAUUUUGACUAAAACUUGUAUAAGUACUCCAUCAUUUCUGAAUAAAGAUUAUCGAUUUUUCCCUUCAAAACUUCUUAAGUUUUCUCUCUUUGUUCAUUGCAAAGAACUUGUUCUUAGUUUACUUAGGUGUGGUUAGCAUCCGAGCAAACACCUUGUCUAAUCGGACCGGUGAGUCACAUCCGGCGAUCUAGUCAAGUCAGUCUCCACAACGGACCUGUGAGUCACAUCAGGCGUUGUUCAGACUUGGAAAUAUCGAAGGCCUUCCGCAUCCUUCGUGAGAUCCCUCGAUCCAUCACUUCUCCAUCCGGAGAUCCUAUCAAAUACCGUACCGGCUGAGUGUUCCGAUCUAAGGGUCUAUCAAAGUGGUAUCAGAGCCACUCAACCGGUAUCAUCUUCUCAUUCCAUCUUCUCAUCUACCAUCUUCUUCAUCUAAAAAGUUCUUCUUCUAUCUAUCUUGAACCCGGGCCACUCAUUACCACCAUAUAAAAAAAAAAAAAAAGAAAAGAAACAGUAUAAAAAAAAAAAAAGAAAGAUUGUGGUGGUGGUGGAAGAGAAAGCCUGCUGGCUGAAGAGUAAUCCGGCCUUUGAGUUGGUUAAGGCGGGUUCCCCUUGUAAUCUCUUAUCUACCUUCUCUUGUGACCCUUGUUUGAUUGGAUCUGACCCACUGAGUAUCUUUGGACUUGUCUUUCUCUGAACUUUGAGAACAAACCAAAAUCUUGUGUGAACCACUUCAAAUCUUUGAGAGAAACACGUGAGUGGGAGAGGAAACAAACACUUGAGAGUGUGAGGUAUUUGUUACCCUAACGUUUAUUGUUGAGAAUUUCAGGAAGAACCAUGAGCAGUGAGGAAGAACGGAACCGUCCCGGAAAUUCUGUAGCCGGACUCUCAAACCUCCAAAUGAGGGCUUUAAACGAUACUUUUACUAACCUUAUGAAUGCAGGACUUGAGCAGAUCCAUCAAAGGUUAGAUGAGAUUCAGGAGAGCCAACAAACCAGAUCUAGAACCGGAACCAGACGAGCUCAACCUAGACGGAACAGCCAAUCCGAUCUAGAAAUCUUUGACGAAGAUACCAACGAUGAUCAAUCCAUCAACCGACCCAGGAGAGGACAUAGAAACCGAAACCCAGGUGAAGUCAAUCCUUUUGCUAGAGCUGAACGAAAUGAAAAUGGGUUGGGUGCUUUGAAAUUGAAAAUUCCAAGCUUUGAAGGAAAGAAUGAUCCUGAUGUCUUUUUAGAAUGGGAAAGGAAAAUUGAACUGGUUUUUGAUUGUCAAAACUUGUCUGAUAUUAGGAAGGUUAGGUUAGCAGCUUCUGAAUUUUCUGGCUAUGCUAUUAACUGGUAUGACCGAGUUGUGACUCACAGGAGGAGAACAGGUGAAGCACCAGUGGAGACUUGGUUGGGGCUUAUUACGCUUAUGCGGAAACGCUUCGUACCGGACCAUUACCAACGCGACCUACACCACAAACUCAGGAGGCUACUUCAGGGAACAAAGUCGGUUGAGGACUACCAUCAGGAAAUGGAGACUUUGAUGCUUAAGGCUGAUGUGGAUGAACCUGUAGACGCAACCAUGGCUAGAUUCCUCACUGGACUCAACCGGGACAUCCAAGACCGCAUGGAACUUCAGGAUUAUAGUGACUUGGAACAGAUGCUACACAAGGCUAUCCUGAUUGAGCAGCAAGUCAAAAGGAAAGGACUCUCCAAAUCCACCUUCCCUUCAAAAUCACCUUUUCCAUCUAAGCCUAGCUACCAAGACAAAGGUAAGUAUCCUGCCACAACAAAUACUGCUUUGAAAACUGAUGUUCCUACUCGUGUGGAUAAAGGAAAAGCAGUGGAAAACCCCAGCAGAACAAGAGACAUAAGGUGUUUCAAGUGUCAGGGCCUCGGACACUAUGCCAACAAAUGUCCAAACCAGCGGGUGAUGGUUCUUUUGGAAAAUGGUGAUGUAGAAUCCGAGGAGGACAAAGAGGAAAAAGAGGACCUUGGUCCCAUUUUUGAUGAGGAAGAAGAGCCCUUUGAUUACCCAGCCAGUGGACCACUUCUUGUUACAAGAAAGCUCUUGGAGGAACCGAUCUUAGAGGACGAAAUUGAGGAAGUAAUUGAUGAGUUCUGUUCCUCGUUUGUUAAAGAAACAGGACCGGUCUACGACGAGGACAAUCUCAGCUUUCCAGCUACUGGUCCUCUUCUUGUCACUAGACGAUCCUUAAGUGUUCAGCCUAAAACCGACGAGAAGGAACAAAGGGAGAAUCUCUUUCACUCUAGAUGUUUUGUUUCUUCUAAAGUUUGCUCUUUGAUUAUAGAUGGUGGCAGCUGUACCAACGUGGCUAGUGAUACCUUGGUGAAGAAACUUGGACUUGUUACUCGUCCACUUGCCAAACCUUUCAGGUUGGAAUGGUUGAAUGAGGACGGAGAGCAAUACGUCAAGGAACAGGUGACUGUUCCGAUCACUAUCGAACGGUACGAGGAUGAGGUCGUGUGUAACGUCCUUCCCAUGGACGCUUGUCACAUUCUUUUGGGUCGACCUUGGCAGUUCGACAAGAAGGCCGUCCAUGAUGGCUACACAAACCGCCACUCCUUUGAACACAAUGGAAAGAAAAUCACCUUGGUUCCCCUUUCUCCCUUAGAAGUUCACCAAGAUCAAAUCCAACUUAAGAAGGGACGAGAACAAGACUCCAAACCUGAGGCAUCAGCAAGAAAUUCCAACUUCUACAUCAAACAAGGUCAGGUAAGAAAAACCCUUGCCACCAAAAAGCCAUUCCUUUUGCUUGUUUAUAAGGAAUCUCUUAUGGCCUCAUCUUCUUCUCACCUUGCACCGGACAUUCCGAGUGAUUUGAAAGGAUUAUUGCAGGAGUUUUCUGAUGUAUUUCCUGAAGAAAAUCCAAAAGGAUUGCCUCCAAUCCGUGGCAUUGAACAUCAGAUCGAUCUCGUUCCAGGCGCGUCCUUGCCAAACCGACCAGCGUACCGCACUAACCCCGUCGAGACCAAGGAACUCCAAAAGCAGAUUGAUGAUCUUCUUGACAAAGGAUACAUCCGAGAAAGCCUCAGCCCAUGUGCUGUACCUGUCCUACUCGUGCCAAAGAAAGAUGGGUCGUGGAGGAUGUGUGUGGACUGUCGGGCCAUAAACAACAUCACGGUAAAGUAUCGCCAUCCCAUCCCUCGUCUUGAUGACAUGCUUGAUGAACUUCAUGGUGCUUGUGUCUUUUCUAAGAUAGACUUGAAAAGUGGAUACCACCAGAUUAGAAUGAAAGAGGGAGAUGAAUGGAAAACGGCCUUUAAAACAAAACUAGGAUUGUAUGAAUGGUUAGUUAUGCCUUUUGGUUUGACUAAUGCACCUAGUACUUUCAUGCGUCUGAUGAACCAUGUGUUGAGAUCCUUUAUUGGUCAUUUCGUUGUUGUGUAUUUUGAUGAUAUUCUUGUUUAUAGCAAAAACCAUGAGGAACAUCAAAGGCAUUUGAGAGCCGUUCUUGAAGUCCUUAGGGACGAACGUUUGUUUGCUAACCUUGGAAAGUGUUCUUUUGGUACAGAUCAAGUUGUUUUCCUAGGUUUUGUUGUAGGAAAAGAUGGCCUGAAGGUUGAUGAAGAAAAGGUCAAAGCCAUCCGCGACUGGCCCAUUCCUAAGUCCGUAAGUGAGGUUCGAAGCUUCAUGGCCUUGCUGGUUUCUAUCGACGGUUCGUCCAAGACUUCAGUUCUAUAG